UAUUGGACGCAUUCUCCACACUUUGAUUACACCACUGAAAGUUUUGCAUUUGUUGUUUUCGUGGCUUUUGCACAUUGCUGUGUAAUUUCCGUGAAAUCAAUUUGAGUAAUCUCUUGUUAACUGUUAAUAUCAAAUAGACUUUUGACCGUAUGAGUGAUGAACGUAGAAUUCAGGAUGGAAAAUUGGGCGGUAAAUAAAAAGAUCGAAUACAUUUCAGUUGUGUACAUGUGCUGAAGUUCCGACGUCUUCCCCCGCUUCAUGCUAUCGUAUGCGGUUAAGGUUCAGCCAACAACGUGCGAAUACAAUCCCAACAUAAUUAUUUGUCAAUGGUGGAAAAGAUGUCGUCUACAAAGAUGCCAUCACUUAUUGGUUCACAUAUCUUCGGAGAAGAUAUGAAAAUUUCCAAAUUGCUGCGCCGCCUGCAAUCGGAAAGCAAUGGAGCCACUGCUGCGUUGGAUCUUUGCAACAAGUUGGAAAUAGCUGUGCGUGCGCAAGCAAAUGCGGCAUACAUUUGUCGCUCUUUUGAUUUAUUGAUGGAUAACAUGAUAACUGUGCUGAAGCAAUGUCCGGAAGAUUGCUUGGAAAAGGCCAGCACAGUGAUGGGUCUAAUGGGCUACAUAAACCGCAAAGAUUUUCCAGUCUAUAAAAAUUAUAUUAUGAAAACUUAUCAGGCGUAUAAAUCGUUAAGGAAAUAUGUGAUGCUGGCGCUGAAGACCACUUUCAGCUGUGAUGCUGUAAAUUUGGACUUGACUGUAUACAGCGAACGCUUAUUGACCGUACUGAAGGACUACUUGGAAAAUGCUGAAAUUGCUAAUAACUUUAUAGCUGUGAGCGAAGCAAUCGUGGCGUUUUCUAAAAAUUAUAAAAGAGCUUUUGAAGUACAUUUCACGGACAUAGUUGAUAUUAUAGUUGGCUGGCAUUUGGAAGCAGAGCAACCGGCUAAUCUUAAACUUCAGUGUUCUGUUGCUUUGCAACAGUUUGCGCAAUAUUUCCUAAAAGAAUUGGAUUUCACCUUUGGCUUGCUAGGCCAAUUUCUUGAAGAUAUCGUUGCAUUGGGCGAUGAAAUAUCACAUGCCCCUUCACCCACUGCAUCUUUAACGGACGAAGGAGGCACCCAGGCGAGCCAGAAUAAAGUAGAAGUGCGUCUUGGUUGCUUUAUUGGCGCGUUCAACUCUAUACUAAAAUCGCUGUCGAACCGUGUCGAAUUUGUAGGCAUAAUUGUGGGACAAAAUAUUGUAAAUGAAGCAGCAAUGACAAUCUCAAAAACGACUGAGCAAACAUUGAUGGUAACUUUGGUUAGUGAAGAUACCAUCCUAAAUAUCAAUGACUUUUUUUGUCUACUUUUCUCUAACAACCACAAUAUAAUAAAUCUGGUAAAUAUCGAGGAGUUAAUAGUACUGCAGUUGAAACAACUUCAUCACUUCAGCGAUUUACAAAAACUUAGUUUGCUUUAUUUGAUACUUUGCGUUUUUAGGCAGUUAGGCACAAAACUGCCUCUAUCAAUGGUCACUUUGGUGUUCGAGACUAAACAUAAUCCACUUGCCAUCAUUAAAUUUACCAACAACACUAAGCUACGUCGCAUGUUUCUGAAAGUCUACCAUGAAAUUUUGAUGAUAAAAAAUGUGCCCUUACUACAGGAAAUUUAUCGCCACAUAACUGCCGAUAUGUUUAACGCAAGAGCGAUAUUGGAAAGGUACGGCGGUGGAGUUGCAGGUUGUUUCAGUGAUGUUUUACAAGCGGAGUCAACUCUAAAUUUCUAUUUGACUGCCUUGUCUGCGCUGGCCACACAAACGUCUUCUAUUAUCAGUAUGUAUGCACUCUACCCAUCGAUAUUGGAAUUAUUGAUUACAAAUUGCAAAGCAGGCGAUAUGUGCUUGUGGCAAUAUCAUCCCACUCUACACAAUGCGUUGCUUAAUGUGCUUGUCGUUCAUUGCCAGAAGAAUCACAACUUCCGACCGACUUCACGUCUUCUCACUGAACCUCUGUUUGCAUCGAAACACGCGCUAGACGAAAAUAACUCACCAACAUCGGAGAACUUCAGUUUGAUUUUGCAAUUUUUAGCAGGUAUUUUAGGCGCUGCAAAUGAUUUAACUGUUGCUAACCUUAAUUUACUGCUUGACUGGGUCAGAUGCAUACUCGCAGAGUGCCAUGAGCACGCCGCUGUGCUGGAACAACACACAAACUUUCUAAAUAUUUGUAAGCUUAUCAGCCAAUCGGCUUUUAUGUCGCCGCUAAAAUGUGCCAAAUGCAUAGAAAUUGUACUCGACUAUGACACAAUAAAUAUAGAAGUUUUGGAGAGCUUCCGUGAUGUGUCUAUCGUUAUGCUUGAUUCAAGCGACGCAUACGCACGACGCGCUUAUACCACUAUUCUUGGAAAAUUGCCGCUCUCAACUUGCCUUACGUCUGCGCAACUAGUCAACGACAUAAGUUUGCGCAAGUCACAGCUUACUGAUCUAAUGCAAUGGUAUCGUUCAACUGUUUACUACGCGCCACUGCGUAACAAAUAUUUCAAACCCUUUCUAGAGCGUCUGGAAAGUGACACAACAUGUGGUGAAUAUGAGCCGCUCUGCCAAUAUGCCAUCGAAGUGUUUUCGAAAUGUUGGUUGGCGCGUUGCCGUGAAAACUCAACAGCUUAUGAAGUAGCAGCCCGGCGGAGUUGCCGUGCGCUCGCUCUAUGGCUGGAAUAUGAAGCGGCGCGGCAAUGUGUGCGCAAUAAGUUGCGCACCAAAAUCGGAAAGCCACAGGAGACUUUCCUCGCCAUCGAAGCGGUCAUUUCCAAGUAUGCGCGUAUUUUGUCUACCAAGAGUGGAAUUGCGAGCGCUUGCAAUGUGCGCAGAGUAACAUUACCUCACUUGAUGUCUCUACAACGUAAUACGCGUUUGCUGCUUGGCUUUAUCGACAGUUUAGAGAAGCAUAUUUAUAAUGCGGCCGAAGGAACCGCGUUUGCUAUACCAUCGCUGGAGAAGCCGGUGAAGACAUUCUUUCGCAUAAACGCGCACACUUGCAAUGAGUGGUUGAAUCGCAUUAGGCCGAGCGUGAAUAUGAUCGCAAUGCACAGCAUGAUGCCAGAGCUAGUCAUUUGCAACUCGGAGGCUAUUCUUCGCAUGAAUAAACUGAGUGACGUGCAGCUAGACCACAUCAUUAUAACAUUUGUCUGGGCCCUGCUGUGCUGCGACGAGCCGUGUACGUUGCAAGGCCUGCACAUUUGGCUUAAGUCGCAUCACCCAAAAGCCGCUAAGCGUUGCGUGUGGAUACUGUAUAGCGCUGAACAGGCAGCUGGGCAUAAAGAACAAGCUGCAGAUAACUACGAAGCUUUUCUUGCAGAGCACGAGUCUAGCUUGGAUACGCGCACCAAAGAUUUUGUCGUUGAUCAAUUAAUGUAUUGUCUGCACUACACUAGCCAGUGGGCGCGUUGUGGUAGAGUGCAUGCGCGUUAUAAAAAGGGUGAAAAGCCAGAAGGUUUCUACUUCGAAUUAGCGGAGGCGCUCGUGAAUGACUACGAAAGUGAGGCCAGGCGUAGUGAGGCGUUACAAAAUGCUAUCAUGGAUUUAUCUUACUGGUCGCAAAACAACAGUGAUGUUGGUAAAAUAGCGCAAGCGCCGGAUACAUUUUCUUAUGACUACAUCAGUCAACAAUUGCAAGAUGCUUGCAUCACACAUGCGUUGAGGUGGGACGCUAUGUCAGCGCUUCCGGUCAGCGAGGAAGUGCAAGAAGGUAUACGCAGUGGGGUGCAAGAGUUGCCCUAUCACAACAAUGGCCGUGUCGGUGAGCAGCGCAAUGCAUUGAGCGAUGUUUUCAUUCUUAACCAUGUGGUGCAAAGGUUGUCAUCUACGCAGCACAUGAGUGCUGACAAAAUAAACGACAUAUGUGGUUCAAACGAUACUGAGAAGUCGACAUUUUUGUUAAAAUCUCUGUUGUGGACACUAUUGUUCGAGCAGCAAAUCUCAUCUUCAUCUGCUGUUGCACCGCGCCAUCAUUCUCUCUACUUGGAUAUAUCGAAUAGUGCACGACGUGAGGGUAACUCUGGCUUUUGUCGCUUGAUGCUGCAGCGCUUCUUCCGGCUAAGAGGAUUCACAGAAUCGCUAUCCGAAGUGGCUCGACAGUUGCGUGAGAAUGAGUACAUUGUAAAUGUUCAUGACACGGAUUUGAUUCGUGGAUUUAGCGAAUUGGCCAAGUGCUCGUAUAUUAGUUCGGCCAAUCAAAUGAACGCAAUUAGUCUGGGAGCUGCAUACUGCACCCAAAUCAUACAACAAGUACAGGAGCAACCACUCGCGACAUAUCCACCCAGCAGCGCGGAUAUGCUACUCACAUUGGCCGACUGGUUGUCGCCGCGUGUUGGUGCUAACUCAACUUGUUAUAUCGUUAGUCCACCAAGUGUGCCAAACAACAACGUCAGCGCGGCUCUGGCCCUGACGGAAAUGCAGAAAUUAUUACAGUAUCUACCCGAUGUGUCGGUACACUUAUUGAAAGAGUGCGGCGACGAAGCGAUUAAUACGCUGAUACCACCGGCGGAGAAGGCUAUAGGCAAGUUGAUCAAUGCAAGCAUAUGCCAGCAGAGAAACUCGUGUGAAGCUUGGUUCGCCUAUGGCAAUUGGUGUUAUCGCUGGGGUAAGCGUCUGAUGGAUGCAAAGAGUACGAAUGAAAUGAAAAGCGGACUAUCACAGCGUGAUAUGCAAGCCAUACGCGAAGUGUUGGGCGGCAAUGCCAGUGAUGAAGAGAUCAACCAAGUGGUGAACGUACUGAAUGGCCAGCAGCUAAACAGUAUUGAUGCGGAAGAGGAUAUCGAAAAGAGCGAACUCAGCUCUAGUGAACUAAUUGAGUGCGCGCUGCGUCGUGUUGACGUAUUGGCGUUUAGACCGUCGGAACAAAUAGCGAGCAUAAUAAAAAUAUGGCAACAAGCACAUCGUAGCGUCUACGUCUACUACGAAAUGGCAACGAAAGCAUACUUCAACUACUUAACAAUCGGAAACACGCAGUCGGAGGUAAAGAACGCGCCUAGCGAUUGUACUCCUGUCACUGUUACAUUGCGCCUGCUGCGACUAAUUGUUAAAUAUGCUGCUGGGCUACAGGAGGUACUCGAAGAUGGCUUGCGUAACACACCACUGCGACCCUGGAAGGUCAUCAUACCCCAGCUUUUCAGCCGCCUCAAUCAUCAUGAACCAUACGUACGCAAAAGUGUGUCGGAUCUACUCUGCCGCUUGGCACAGGACCGACCUCAUUUAGUAAUUUUCCCUGCUGUGGUAGGUGCACAUCAGGAAUCAAAAGAGUCUACCCCGGUGUUGGGAAAUACGGCCAAAGAUAACAUCACUGCCAACAACAAAGAGCAGAAAUGCAGCACACCUCUAUCGAACUGCUUCCGCUCAUUGCUUCAAACGCUGUCACAGCAAGCGCCGGACACUGUCGCUCAUGUGCAGCUACUUGUGAAAGAAUUGAAGCGUGUGACCCUGCUUUGGGAGGAAUAUUGGGUGCACUCGCUCUCGCAAGUGUACAGCGAAUAUGCGGCACUUUUUAACGCGCUUGAAGCCGAGCUGAAGAAAACUGGCGGUACAGGGACGGAAAAAAUAUUCUCCAAGUAUUCUAUACUUAUGAAUCACUUGGUUUACGAUAUGCAACGUUUUGCCAAGGUCACUGCUACAUCGGCUGACACUAACUACGAACGUAAUUUCCAAGAGCGCUACAGCGCGUUAAUCGCCAGCACAAUAAAUGAGCUGAAUCAGCCUUUUAACAUUGCCAAGCCGUUCGAGGGCUGGAUGCGCAUCAAGCAAUUGUACAGCGUUUUUCAGCAACGCUCACUGCGAGGUUAUGCGUCCACUCUGAAAAUCGCCGACCUCAGUCCAGUGCUGGAGAAUAUGCGCAACACGGCCAUAUCUAUGCCAGGCGUCGACACAUAUGCCAAGGAUCCGGUCUAUAUACGAUCUGUAGACAGCACGGUGCAUAUUUUACCCACCAAAACCAAGCCUAAGAAGUUGGCUUUCUAUGGCAGUGACGGACGCAAAUACACCUAUUUAUUUAAAGGCCUUGAAGAUUUGCAUCUGGAUGAGCGCAUAAUGCAGUUUCUCUCCAUUUCCAACUCCAUGAUGGCGCGCGCUAAUAUAGGCGUCGACUCGUUACAACGAGCGCGUGCCUUCAAAGCGCACCACUAUUCCGUCAUUCCGUUGGGUUCACAGUCUGGACUGAUCAGUUGGGUUGAUGGGGUCACACCGCUCUUUGGCAUCUACAAGAAAUGGCAACAGCGCGACGCCGCUAUAAAACAGCAACAAAAGGAACGUCAAACACCGCAACAAGGUGGCGGACAACAAACAGAAGUAGCGCCCGCUGCUACGCGUCCCUCUGAGCUUUUCUAUAGCAAACUGACACCUUUGCUGGCUGAGCAGGGUAUGAAAAUCACGGACCCACGGAAGCAGUGGCCACUUGCAACGUUACGCCGUGUGCUGGAAGAGCUGAUUAAAGAGACCCCAAGAGAUUUGCUCGCCAAGGAGUUAUGGUGCUUUGCGAAUACGGCAACCGAUUGGCGAAACUCGGUGCGUAAUUAUAGCUUAUCAAUGUGUGUGAUGUCCGUUAUCGGCUAUGUAAUCGGACUGGGCGAUCGACACUUGGAUAAUGUGCUAAUUAACUUGACAUCGGGCGAAAUUGUGCAUAUCGAUUAUAAUGUGUGUUUUGAGAAGGGCAAGACGCUGCGUGUACCCGAGAAAGUGCCAUUCCGUUUGACACCCAACUUAGAGGAGGCAUUGGGCAUAACUGGCAUAGAGGGAACUUUCCGUGUGGGCUGUGAGCAUGUGCUUAAAAUAUUGCGCAAGGAGCGCGAAACUUUGCUCACAUUGCUGGAGGCAUUUGUUUAUGAUCCGCUGGUAGAUUGGACUGUGAGCGAUGAUGGUACAACAACGGUAACACGCGCCACCUCAGCUCAUGCAGCUGCGUUGAGCCUCAAUGCUUUGGAUGCGAUAACAGCGGGUUUGCCAAAAUCCAACGGGCCCGUCGACGACGCAGUGCAGCGCAAACAGAAUUGGGAAUGCACUCGACAAUCGUUGGAAGUGCGCUUGAAUGAGCUCAAACCAUUUUGGACGCAAUUUAGAAACGAUCUGCAGGUGCGUUUGAUUGAGAUCGAAGACGUUCUUGAUCGUCUAACCGCGCUGCAGGCAGAGAUCCGUCAGGAAGAGCAAGAGCGGGAUCGCAUUACUAAACAAUCGGCAAUGAUACGAGAACUACAAACACUCGGCACAGCGAUGGGUAGUCACGCCUUGAAUACGGUUACCGAUCGUCACAACACUUUAAAGCAUGACAAAGAAGCCUUUAGUACAAUUAAGGAAAAUGUUAGGAAAUAUCAGGGUGACACUCGCAUUCUGCUGAGCACAUACUUUGAACACCUGCUUGCCGCUUAUGUCGCAAACGAACUACCAGCUCUACAAUUACAGGUGUGCGAUCUGCAACACAAUGUGCCAACGAAUGAGUUCGAACUACUACGCACUCUACUUGAGCAGAGUGGCCAGGAGCGGUUGUAUGCGCAGUGUGAUUUCACCCGCAAGGAAAUGGACAAUACACUUUAUCAGCAGUGCCGCUGUGUUUUGGAAUGCAUUGAUUUGUUGCAACAAUAUACUGGUGUAAUGCAAUUCUAUCCCCGUUCGCGUUUGCUACAAAAUCGUUUGGUUAAAUAUGAAAAAGCCUAUAACGGCUUAUUAAGUGAAGAACUGAGUGUGCGAGAGCUGCAACAGCUACUGGAGGAGUGGCAAGAAAGCGAUGAAGAAGUGAGUGAGAUCAAAGAUAAGCAGCAGAUCGUGCAGUAUGCAGCUUCGCUGGAGAAGAUAUGGAUUGAGGUGAAUAUGGAAUUGACUACGGCAAUCAAUGAUUUGAAUGGACACCCCAAUCAAGUGUCAAUGUCAUUCGAGUCGACCGUCAUGACUAUACGGGCGUUUAUCGCCUUGAAUCCGGACAGCCAUGCACUAGCGAUUCAAUCUUCCAUGCUGGAAACGCUUUCAAAAGCCAAAGACUCAUUCUUGAACUUCGAAGAGAAAGCUUUGGAGACAGAAGAUUUCUCUUUGCUCAACCAACAAUUGAAUUUCCUCGAAAUGCUACAGCAAAUGUGCGAAGUAGCGUUUCCAAAUGAAAAUCAACAUUACUGCGAUGAUUUAAUUGCACUAUCCGAUACGCUACAAUCGUUGUACAAUUUGAAAACGGCAUUUGAAGUGUCGCUGCCCGAACGUAUUGUGCGUUUGUUUAUGCAGGAUAAUGUUUCUGAAGUGCAAACGGCUUUGGCUGAGAUAUGUGCAUACGAACCACACGAUUUCGAGUCGGCACUGCAGCUAAGCGAUGACAGCACGGAAGUGGCGUUACUCUUCAACGAAAUUUACGCGCUCUUCGAUGAUUUCGAAAGUCGUGUUAGGCUGCUCAAACCAAAGGUGGAGCUAAUGCUGGAAAAUAACUACGAUCCUGUUUUCAAAGAAUUUGUGCAAACACGUUUCCUUGAAAACACUAUUGCCGAGGUCGAGGGUUCAAUGAAGUACGUUGUGAUCGUUACCAUUUUCCGUUUGGCUUGCGAUAAUGUGGCCGCGUUCAUAAAGAGCGAUUUGCAACUCAUUUACGAUAUGCGUCGCUUUUCGGCACCGUUAACCAAAUACAUCAACACGAUCCAGCGCUCGGCUCUCUGCGGAUUGCCAUCGCUGUUCGCACACUUGUUACAUGCUAACCUCAAUACACUCGCGUCAAAAUUUCUCAAUUUUAAUUGCAUGGAACCAACCACAUACCUGAAUGCCAAAGCCUUAUGUCAAAAUCUGCUGCACGCGUUACAAGAGGGCUUCAGUAGUAAACACUUGCAAACACAGGUGCUUUUGCAUACCAAAUUAGCGGAGCAUUGCGCUCUGGCGGGCACUGCACAUUAUUGGUUAAACGAAACUGAGCUCCAGCAGACAGAUACACAGCUCAUGUACGGCUUUCCGAAGGAAAAACUGCUAAAGUCCGUGCAGACAUGCAGUCAGUCGUUGAGCGUUUGGAAGCACACAAUGGUAAAGAUACACGAAGAUGUAGAUGAAUACACGACGGCUGUGACACAGCAACUUAACUGGGCGCUGCAAUCGAACAGUAGUCUGCUGGCAUUGCAGGAGAGGUUCGUGGAGUGUGUGAAGGCGCAAGCGUUGCGCUAUAAUGCGCUGCUGCAACUAACUACACAAAUGUACGAUUACGCUAACGUCUUGCUGCAGUUUGAGAUGUUACAGGGUAAGGACAAUCGCCUACAGGCUGACAACGCUUUUCUAGCGGUACUGCAGCAGUGGCAGGAUGCCAUGACAACAAUGGAGCAGAGUAACGCAAACAUUACACCAGUUGAGCAAUCAAUUGUACAGCUGUUGGACCCGGAAGGCAAAGUGGAUCAGUGUUGGAUACAGAAUAUAGCCGGUUUGCUGGAUGAAAUGACGUUCACUGCGCAGCGCAAAUUAGCCACGCUCGAACAUAAAGAAGAUGCAUUAAAGGAGGGACUAUUCGAGCUGGGGCAACAGUUGCUGCCUCUUACGGAGCCUCAAAUGCGCAGCGAUAUGCGUCAGCUCUUCAAAGCUAUCACCAAGAAUGACCGUAAUGUACGCAACGCUGCUGCAACGGAUAGAGUUGGGUUGGCAGCGCACACAAGAUAUCUACAACACGGGUUGCGCAUAUUCCACAACAAACUGAAUGAACUACAAAUGCAACUACUUGCGCGCAACCUAACCGACACCACACCCGCAGAGCUAAAGUCGAAAGUGCGCGAGCUACUGGAUGCUCAUGAGCAAAAUUACGGUGCAUUGUUGGAGUUGGUACAACGAUUCAAAGCCGAAGAGUGUGAGAGUUCGACAAGUAGCGCAACUGUAGAUUCGCCGUUGCGCAAUAGAGGCAGCUAUGCGGCAGCUUUGGAAGGAGUGCAAAAACCAAGCGGCAAUAGGGAAGAAGUCGCUGAUGACGGCGCUGGUGAUAAGAAAGCUCCGGCUUCCAACAAUCCCGGUGAACAAAAGCGCAACGCAUACGCGGUUUCCGUUUGGAAGCGUGUGCGCAUGAAAUUGGAAGGCCGUGAUCCAGACUCGAAUCGUCGUUGUACCAUUGCCGAGCAAGUUGAUUACAUAAUACGCGAGGCAAUGAACCCCGAUAAUCUAGCUGUGCUGUACGAAGGCUGGACUCCUUGGGUGUAAAUUCUUAAUGAAACGGCUUCAUAUGUGGGAAGCCUUAAUUCAACUCAACUCAGCAGUAGCAGCAGCAGCAGCAGCGGCGGCAACAUUCGAUGCAAUGGACAACAGUUAGCGGAAGAUAGAAAGCAGUAGGAGAUGUCGGACGAAGGCAAUGGAAUAAGUGGAAGAUGCAAAAAGCUGAUCAUCCGAUACAUACAUACGUAUAUACAAAACAAUCACCAUUAAUACCCGAGCAAUGUCAAUGAGUCGCCAGCUAUUUGUGGGGAACAUUUAUCCAUAAAAGAGGAAGGGAGUAACAGUAGAACGUUUCUGUGCCGCACCUACCCUUCAACAUUACAACAACAAAAAAAAUAUGACCAUUUUUUGGUAGAGCUGGUGGCGCAGACGUUGGGUGAUUUGUUCGUUAGGAUGACGAGAUUGGAAAGUAAAAUUCAGUCACUAGUUAAGCGUGUCAGCAUUCGAUAAUUGUCCGUUGCACUUCACUGUCGCGCGUGACUAUAACUUGAUUUUGGAAUGGGUUUUAUUUUAUUGCUGUUUGAUUAAAGUCGGUGUAUAAAUGGGAAAUUAAUUGGGAUGCACUGAUGUAGUACUGCGAGUAGGGGGUGAAGUGUACGGCGAAAACUUGUUGUGUGCGCACGUUUCGUGGCUGGAUUUCUUUAGCAAAUUUCAUUUAAAUAACAUUUACUUUUUAAAAUUUCUUUUCAUUAUAAUUUUCAUAUUUAUUUCCCGUUGUCAAUAUUCGAGUAAACUCUUUGGGCGGAGAUUUACAACGACAUCUAUAGUAAACUAUCUGGUGACCUAAUUUUAAGUUGGCCGUGAAUUAAUAAAAUAUAAAAGCUAUACAAUAUACAUAAAUAUAACAGCUUCUUCGAAAUAAAAAAUUGGUCUGAAAUUAAAUAAUUAUAUAAA